GUCUGUUUUGAGGGGUCGAACUUUAUAAGCAGAUCACAUAAUUAGUCUUCAGGAAUAUAUAUUGAGCUAUAAUCCAUUACAUACGGUUACCAUGGCGUCGACUUACAACAUCAACUCAACCGCGAAGCUCAACAGUGGAUAUGAGAUCCCCCUGCUGGGCUUCGGUGUAAGUCUACCAAACGUAAGCAGUAGAUAUUGGCAUUCGUGCCGUUUGUGGUUUGCUAACAAUACCGGCAGCCCGCCCGACGAGACCAAAAAGGCUUCCCUUGAGGCGUUGAAGGCUGGUUACCGUCACAUCGACUCUGCAGUGGUCUACGGCAAUGAGGCCGGCGUCGGUGCUGCAAUCAAAGAGAGCGGGAUUCCGCGUUCUGAAGUCUACUUCACAACCAAGAUUCCUCAGAUGCCGCAUAGACCCCUGGAUUACGACCAGGCCAAGGCCCAGAUCGACAAGAGCCUGAAAACUGCAGGGGUGGAUUACUUCGAUCUAUACUUGAUCCAUGCACCCUUUGGAGGUUCCGCCAAGCGCAAGGGUGUCUGGAAAGCUCUGGUGGAGGCUGUCGAGGAGGGCAAGGUCCGCAGCAUCGGGAUCAGCAACUACGGCGUCGACCAUCUGGACGAGCUGGAGAAGCACAUCAAGGAAUUGGAAGAGGAGCGCGGCGGAAAGGGCAAGGGCGGCGUGAUUUCCGUGGCACAACACGAAGUCCACCCGUGGUGUGCACGCAGCGACAUCGCCGAGUGGUGCGCCAAGCGAAAUAUCGUCCUGGAGGCCUAUUGUCCUGUCGUGCGAGGGCAGCGGUUUGAUGAGCCUGCCCUCAAGAAGCUCUCCGAGAAGUACGGCAAGACACCAGCGCAGAUCCUCAUCCGGUGGAGCCUGCAAAAGGGCUAUGUCCCUCUGCCGAAGAGCGUGACACCCAAGCGUAUCGUCGAGAACGCAGAGAUCUACGAUUUUGACUUGACCAAGGCCGAAGUGGACGAGCUGGAAUCGACUGGGUAUGAGCCUAUUGCUUGGGACCCAACGACAUCGGGUUUGGACAAUUAGAUACAAGUUGAUAAUCGUUUUUCGACUUCAAGCAGCAAUCCUGACCCCCUUGCGUCGUUCUUGUCGGGAAGCCGAGUUCUUACCAGAUGCAUUGACAUGAAUUGUUCGCCCACUCAACAGGAUAGCUACUCUCUUGAUGCGAACUCUUCGCCUGUGAGUGAUGACGAUGUCCUGCAUCCCUCGACAACCCAUACACAAGAUCCUGGCGUUCCUUAUGCAGGC